UUCCCCUCCCUCCUUACUCCCCCUCCCCUUCCCCUCGCAUCCUUGGAAGCAACAAUUAAGCAGCUCUGGGAUAAAACACACAGCCCGCGGGAGCACGGGGGCAUUGCUUCAAGAGAUGGCAAGGCAGGCAGCUGCACCCCUCCUUCCCGGAGUCCUCCUCCUCCUCUUCUCCAUCCUCCCGGCUACUCAGCAAGGAGGGGUCCCUGGUGCUAUCCCGGGAGUGGGAGUCCCAGGAGCAGGCUUUUUCCCAGGUGCUGGAGUUGGAGGUUUGGGAGCAGGACUCGGGGUUGGAGCAAAACCUGCCAAACCAGGGGUCGCAGGACUUGGGGGACUCGGCCCACUUGGCCUGCAGCCAGGUGCUGCAGGUCUCUUCCCAGGAGCUGCCUUCCCUGGGGGGGCCUUCCCAGGGGCCGCCGGGGCCGCGGCUCUCAAGGCUGCUGCAAAAGCUGGUGCUGUGGUACCGGGCGCGGUGCAGCCCGGGGUUGGCGCGGCAGGGAAACCCCCUAAAAUACCAGGUGCUGGAAUUCCUGGAGCUUUUCCGGGCGGCGUGCUCCCCGGAGCAGGCAUUCGCUUCCCUGGCGUAGGGGUGCUGCCCGGAGUACCCACUGGAGCUGGAGUCAAGCCAAAAGCUCCAGGAGUUGGGGCCUUUGGAGGAAUCCCUGGACUGGGAGGUUUUGGAGGUCCACAGCCCGGUGUCCCUCUGGGGUAUCCCAUCAAAGCUCCUAAGCUCCCAGGUGGCUAUGGAUUGCCCUACACCAAUGGCCUCAGGCCCGGUGGGCCAGGAGCAGGCCUUGCAGGGAAGGCAGGGUAUCCCACCGGGACAGGAGUCGGAGCUCAGGCGGCCGCAGCAAAGGCAGCAGCGAAAUACGGAGCCGGUGUCCUGCCCGGGGUUGGCGGCAUCCCAGGAGUCGGCGGCUUGGUACCCGGUGUGCCAGGAGUUGGAGUUGGAGGAGCAGCGGCGGCGGCGGCAGCAGCGAAGGCGGCGGCAAAGGCAGGAGCCCUUGCUCCAGGGGCAGUGCCUGGAGUUGGUGGUGUUGGUGUCCCUGGCUUGGUCCCUGGCGUUGGAGCUGUCCCAGGACUGGUGCCCGGCGUUGGAGUCCCCGGGGUGGCAGGGGUGCCGUCGGCAGCAGCAGCAGCAAAGGCAGCUAAGAUCGGAGCUGGCGUUCCUGGCAUCGCUGGCGUCCCCGGUGUCCCCGGUGUCCCCGGUGUCCCCGGAGUCCCUGGUGUUCCUGGUGUUCCUGGUGUUCCUGGUGUUCCUGGUGUCCCAGGCGUGCCCGUCGUGCCUGGAGUUCCUGGCGUGGUGCCUGGUGUCGGAGUGGGUGGCCCGGCAGCCGCAGCGGCCGCUGCGAAGGCGGCAGCGAAAGCCGCAGCAAUCGGACGCGUUCCCGGUGUCGGCGUUCCCGGUGUCGGCGUGCCCGGUGUCGGCGUUCCUGGAGUCGGUGUGCCUGGAGUCGGUGUGCCUGGUGUGGGCGUGCCCGGUCUGGUGCCUGGGGUUGGCAUUCCAGGAGUUGGUCCUGCAGCCGCCAAAGCAGCCGCCAAAGCAGCCAAGUUUGGAGCAGUUCCCGGUGUAGGUGGCCUUGUUCCCGGUGUAGGUGGCCUUGUUCCCGGUGUGGGUGGCCUGGUCCCUGGUGUUGGAGGCGUCCCAGGGGUUGGGGUUCCGGGCGCAGCAGCGAAAGCAGCAGCAAAGGCAGCGAAAUUCGGAGCCGGGGUCGGAGGGGUGCCCGGCGUUGGUGUGCCCGGCGUUGGUGUGCCCGGUGUUGGUGUGCCCGGUGUUGGUGUGCCCGGUGUUGGUGUGCCCGGCGCGGUGCCCGGUGUUGGCGUGCCCGGGUUGGUGCCAGGUGUGGGAGUACCUGGAGCUGGUGUCCUCCCCGGGGCAGGCAUCCCCCAAGUAGGUGCUAAACCUCCCAAAUUCGGUGUGCCCGGAGCUGGAGUGCCAGGAGUCGGUGGCCUCCCAGGUGGCCUUGGAGUUGGUGGCCUCGGAGUCCCUGGGCUUGGUGUUGGAGCUGCUGGGAAACCUCCCAAGGCGGGUUUUGGUGCUGGUCUAGGGGUUGGAGUUCCCGGCUUCGGCGUGUCACCGAUAUUUCCAGGUGGGGUCGGCGCCCCGCUGGGAUUUGCUGGGAAGCCCCCCAAGGCCUACGGAGGAGCCCUCGGUGCCCUGGGCUUUAGAGGCGGCGUGGGCUGCGCAGCAGGGAAGUACUGCGGGAGGAGGCGGAAGUAACCGCGGCCGUCACCGCUGACCUCAUGAACUUUGGUGCUACUGCAUGGUCCAGAAUGUAAAUCCCGAGCAAAGCUGAGACGCCCCCCCCCUUCCCCAAAAACCCCCCGUCCAUCCCGGGGCCAUCCCCGGCCCCGCGUUCCCAGGAGGGAUCCCGCACCUCCGGCAGCAUCCGUCGCCCCCCAGCCCCUCGGUCCCGGCAGGGAGCGCGGAAUAAACUGCGGGGAGCAGCCGUCCCCCUUGGUGCUAUCGCUCUCUGCGGGAUUUUGGGGGGGGCUCGGGGUGUCGCGCCC